AUGAACUGUCCAAUAUGCAAGGAAAGAAUUGAACGCAAUAGUGCAAAUAAAAUUUACUGUUGUGAUUGCAAAAACUAUUUUCACUGCAAAUGUGUUAAUAUCAAAGCUGCUGAUAUUGAGUUUUUCAAGGCAAACAAUAAGAAAUAUCGUUGUGACAAGUGCAGUGCUAUGCGCAGGAAAACAUUACAACAACCAACAACAAUUCUAACUCAGAUAGCGGACAGCCUAAGCCAACAACUAAAUACAUCUACUGCCAGUAAAAAACAAAGUGUUUCUCUUGAACACAUGCGAACAUCUGAGAAUAAAGUCGGGCAUUCGGUAAGUCAACGCUCCGGUGAGCAGCGCAAAGCAGUAAACGUAGCAGAACAAGGAGGUAAUGUUCAACUGCAAGAGCAGCACAAAGCAACAAAUGAUAACGAAAAUGAUAAAAUAACUCUUCAGCUCUUAUACGAAGAGAUAAUAAACCUUAAACAAAUAAACAUUGACUUUCUCAGUUCAAUACAACAACUGAAGGAAGAAAACAACGAAUUGAGGGUGAAGGUAUCUAAGCUUGAAAGUAAGCUAAAUUGGAGAGAACAAAAGCUACUAGAAAAUUCCAUUGAAAUUGUAGGAGUGCCGAACGUUAAUCACGAAAAUGCAAAAGAGUGUUUAAGCAAAAUUUUCAGUGAUGCAUUAAAUGUGAUGGUAUCGAAUGAUGAAAUUGAGAAGUUUAACAUCAAACGCAUGAAUUUGAGGGGAUAUUCACCAUCGAAAGUCAGCUUUAAAAAUAUUAUUUGCGUAAAGCUCGCAUCGGCAGAAAGCAAAAAGAAGAUCAUGACGGCCAAACGAACGGCAAGGAAGAAUCUAAACACGUCAAUAUUUUCCGAUGUUAACAAUAAAAACAUUUACAUUAAUAAUUGCCUUACUAACUACAACAAAGCUUUGUUUUUGGCAGCGACUAAGCAUUUAAUAAUUUAUAAUAAAUGA